AUGGCUGAAAAUUCUCAUUCAGGAUUUUCCGUGAAACAGAUGUGCUACACCCGGGUAAUCAAUGGACAAUGUUACGGAGGCAGUGGAUCUCGGAUGCCUACCACUCAGAUGCAAUGUUGUUGUAGUCUAGGAGCUGCAUGGGGUUCUUCAUGCGAACGAUGUCCACAACACGGCUCUUCUGAGUUCCGUGCUAUGUGCCCACAAGGUACAGGGUACCAUUAUAAGCCGUCCAACGGAUAUAAUCACGCACACACAUCGCGUGGCAGGCGACCAGUAUUGCAUCUCAGUGCUAUCGUCAGUUCCGGGAAUCCUCGCCCAACACAGAAUGUGGACCCGUGUGCCUCAAACGCCAGACUGUGCCUCAAUGGACAGUGCAUUAAUACUGGGAAUGGGGCUUAUAGGUGUGAGUGUGGCAGGGGGUUUCAUCUCAGCUCAAGGGGGAGCCAGUGUAUCGAUGUGAAUGAAUGCAGUGACUCAAGGGGUAUCUGCAAUGGUGGACGAUGUCUUAACACGUACGGUAGCUACCAUUGUAUCUGUUCCCAGGCUAGAGGACUGGUUUUGAGAGAUGGAACCUGUAAAGAUAUCGAUGAAUGUACUGUUAGGAAUGUGAACCCAUGUGGAGAGUAUGUAUGUCAAAACACAUUAGGAAGCUACCACUGCUUGAGAACUGAAUGCAGUGAUGGUUACAGAUAUGAUUUGACUCAUCAAAGAUGUGUAGACGUGAAUGAGUGCUCGGAUGAGACCGCGUGUGAGCAUGGACAGUGUAUCAACAUAGAGGGCUCUUUCCGCUGUCGAUGUCCGCAAGGAUUCACUACGAAUCCAACACAAACAGACUGCAUAGACAUCGAUGAGUGUGGACAGGCCCGAGACACACCCCUGUGUGGUGAAGAGGCCAUCUGUGUGAAUGAAGUAGGAGAUUAUAGGUGUGUUUGCACUGGGGAUACUGUGUAUGAUAGUGAAUCAAGAACUUGCCAGGAGCCUGCAGCACAGGGCACACCAGAAAUAGUCGAGGUGGAGAGGAAGGAUUGCUAUGGCAGUAUCAGUGAUAUAAACUUCUGUUCCAAUGUGCUUGGUUCUAAUAUCACUCAGCAAGAAUGUUGCUGCACCGUUGGGGCUGGGUGGGGUGAUGACUGUGACCUCAUUGUCUGCCCCUCACAAGGCACACUUGCAUACAAUGAGACGUGUCCCGUUGGUAAAGGCAAACAUGUUAUCACACAGAGAAGACCAAUAGAAACUAUCAAUAUACCAGACACUUACCCUGAAGCAGCUGCACAUCCAUCAGCAGGACAAGAAGCCAGCAUCUUGGGCAUAAAUGAAUGUGAAAUCUUCCCAGAGAUUUGUGGGGCUGCAACUUGUGUGGACAAAGAAAUCUUGUUUGAUUGUAAUUGUCCUGAGGGCUACAAGUUUGAUGAUGGUAGCAAGACCUGCACAGUUUAUGACUACUGCUUUGUAUACCAAGGAAUUUGUGGAAAUGGAACUUGUGAAAACACAGAGAGCAGCUACAACUGUAAAUGCCCUGGAAGUUAUGAAUUUGACUCUAGCCUUCGAAUAUGCAUAUUGGUAAACCAUUGUGAAUCAGCUGCUGAUAUUUGUGGAAAUGGAACAUGUGCGAGCACAGAGAGAGGUCCAGUGUGUAGCUGUCCGGAAGGUUAUCAGUUCGUACCAUCACGAAGGUCGUGCCAAGUCCAGGAUUAUUGUUUUGUAUACAACGGUGUUUGUGGGAACGGUACAUGUGUGAACAGACCUGAUGGGUAUGACUGCUAUUGCCCUGAAGGACAGAGGUUCAGUGAAAGCACCAGUACUUGUGAAGUGACCAAUUUCUGUGUUGUGCUAAGUGGUAUAUGUGGCAAUGGAACGUGCAUACCAUCUUUGAAUGGAUACUCUUGUAGAUGUCCAAGUGGGUUCCAGUUUGACAGUGAUGCUGGUUACUGUGAAGAUAUUGAUCUCUGUGUAGAUCACUCUGAUCUAUGUGGUAAUGGUACAUGUGUGGAUCAGGGUCAGAACUUCAUCUGUAUUUGUCCCGAAGGAUUUGAAUUCUCAAAUACCAAAGUCUGCAUAGAUAUCAAUGAAUGUUCAACAUCAUCUCAUUCUUGUGGUUUGGAAGCAUCCUGUGUAAACACACACGGCAGUCAUCAUUGUGCUUGUCAGGCUGGCUUUGAGUUUGAUCCAAUAACAAGGACGUGUGAUGAUAUCAAUGAGUGUAGGAUAUCGCCUGAUGUAUGUGGUAACGCAUCCUGUACCAAUACAGAGGGUAGUUAUAGAUGCUCAUGCGACUUUGGCUACAUGUAUAACUCAACUCUUGGCAUGUGUAUAGACACCAAUGAAUGUGCUGUGUAUAGGAGUAUCUGCAGUAAUGGCACCUGUAUGAACACACAAGGCAGUUAUAGAUGUGUAUGUCCUAGAGGAUAUGAAUAUAUCAGUGGAAAUGGCAAUGGAUGCUUAGAUAUCAAUGAAUGUACCUCUGCACCUGGGCGAUGCGGAGAUGCGGCCUGUUUUAACAGAGAGGGUAGCUUUUUGUGUAGAUGUGACCCUGGAUACGACUUUGAUGAGCAGGAUAGGACGUGCGUUGAUAUUAAUGAGUGUUUCCUGUUAGAAGAGAUAUGCGGCAAUGGUCAGUGUGAGAACAGUGUAGGAUCCUUCAGAUGUAUAUGUCCCGAUGGAGCGAACUUUGAUGAAGCCAGAAGACAAUGCAUAGCAUUAGAGAGCCACACAACAUCGCGUGAUCCUGAGGCGAUAGAAGCUGAUAGAUGCUCAUCUCUUUGUGGAAAUGCUUCAUGUGCUACGGAUGCUAGUGGCCCUGUGUGUACUUGCCAACCAGGAUAUCAGUUUGAAGCUGCCAGCAAGUCAUGCGUUGAUCUUGAUGAAUGUGAAAGGAGCCCUGAGAUUUGUGGAACUGCUACCUGCCAGAAUAGAAUAGGAGGUUAUACAUGCGAUUGUCCCGAAGGAUUUAUCUACAAGAAAAAGAAGAAAACUUGUGGAGAUUUGAAUGAAUGCAAGAAAUAUCGUACGCUGUGUGCUAAUGGUAGAUGCGUGAACAAAAAAGGCUAUUUUGUUUGCUUAUGUCCACCCGGCCAGCAAUUCAGCUAUAAUAGUCGCAGAUGUGUGGCUUCUGCAAGUAUGAGUGUGUGCAAUAGAAACCCGGGAAUAUGCGGGAACGCGACUUGUUCAUCAGAGGGUCACAGUAUUCGUUGCCUAUGCCCUGCAGGAUACGACUACGAUGUCUCCACCAAAGCUUGCAAAGUUAUCAGUGAGUGUGACCUGCCCGAUAGAUGUGGUGAAGGUGCUCUAUGUGAGGACACAUUGGCAGGCUAUAGAUGUGUGUGUACAGAGGGAUAUAUUUAUAACUACCAAGACAAGAGCUGCAGAGAUAUUCCACAGCCGCCCCCAGAGGCAUCGGGUGGUCGGCCAGCCGUCACCCAGACAGCUCCCCCUAAUACGGGUCCAAACGAGUGCAAUUCUAGCCCCUGUGUUAAUGGGGUAUGCGUCGAUAGACCUGAUGGUUUUAUCUGUCAGUGUGUGGACGGCUAUCACCUUGUUGAUUCAGUUACAUGUGAAGAUAUAAAUGAGUGUGCAGCAGAUGUAAACCCAUGCAUGUAUGGAGAUUGUGUGAAUGACCCACCAGGUUCUUUCAGGUGUGAAUGCACCCUGGAAGGAUUGACACUAGACAGCACAGGCAGAAGGUGUAUUGAAAUAAUUGGGCCUGUAUCAGGAGGUGGCGGAGGAGGAGGAGGUAGUGCCAGACCAGAAGACCCCCUAGGUCCAUGUUGGGGACGGUCUGAGCCAAACCAAGAUAUCUGUAGUAAUGUAGUCUCACAAGAGAGCACUUAUCAGCAAUGUUGCUGCAACACCGGCUUCAGCUGGGGCAAGGAGUGCUACUCAUGUCCGCUUAGAAAUAGUGAGGAAUACAGAAUGCUGUGUUUAGCUCUUUCAUUAUACAAUAAUCAAGAUGGAAGUUUUAGCCAACAAGCCGACCAACCAGUACCAGGCAUUCCUCGUUCAUAGUGCCUAGCCUUGGAUCCAUCCUAUUCUAAUUAUCAUUCAAAAACAGAGGACAGAUUUGCUGGAGUGCAUCUCACUGCCGACAUAUGGAUUGGUGUUUGAAAGAUUAGAUUAACCCAAAAAUGGCCACAUAUUCAACAUUUUUGUCAACUUUAUAUUUUCUUCUCUAUUUAUGAACUUUGCCUUUUUCUUGUGUGAGAGUAGAUGUAUGUCAUGUCUUGCACUACACAUUGGCAGUAAACACAAAUCAUUGCUAUCACUGCAAAAUUCUUUACACCGACACAAAGGCUUCUGCACUAUUAUCAGCAUGUUCACUACUCGAAUUCAUCUACAUGUAUUUAAUUAGUCAUGUGCGAAAAAAGCACUCAACGUUCUGUGAAUGUUUGUGAUAUCACGUGCUGUACAAGAAGUAUUUCACUGCUUCAGCAAGUGUUUAGUAUGUCAGAGCAAUUUUUCCAGAGCACCGUUCUAUGUGUCCUAUUUUUGGUUGCAUGGUGUCAAUGCUUGAAACACAAUUCCUUUUGAUCUGUGAGUUUGUGCGUUUCUGAAGGACCAUCCAACUUGGUAUAUGCAUAAUAUAUCUCUGGAAAUAACAAAAACCUAGGAACAUGGAAUGAUUAAAAAAAAAACUUUAGAAAUAUUGGAUGAAAGGGGAAAGUUUGGGAUGAAUAUGGAAGUUGGCAUCAUAUGAUUGCAUAAUGUUGAUUAUACAAAGUGAAGUCUUCAUCCAUAUGUGAAUCAUCCAUUUUUAAUCUGUACUUGUUAUUCCAUUUGACAUAACUUAAUACAUAUGAAGAUAUCUGCUUUUGUGAAACUAAUAUCUCGACAAUACAAGGAGAACAUCAUUAUUUUUCUUCUGUUGUCUGAUGCUCUUUCUCUCAUGAUAAAAUGGAUUUAAAAAAGAAAACACCAAGCUUAUUGCUUGUCACUAGCAUAACUGAUAUUGUUAGAUUUAUAGGGGGAGGAUAUGAUGAAGGGACAUCCUUUAUUAAAACAUUUGUACACAUUCAAACAUGCAAAUACAGUGACAACUGAGUCUUGUUUCCUGGUAAGGCAAGGAAAUAAUGUUGAUCUGUUGUUGUUACGACCAUGUCAUAUUAAUUUAUAGGAAGAGGAAUUUUAGCAUAUUUAUUUUUCUUGUAAGAUAUUGUUAAAUAGUCAUUUUAAUGUCAAGUGUAAUGUAUUUGUUAUUUUUAAGAAACUGAAUGUUAUAUUCUUUGUACAUGAUUCAUGAUAUUAUUUUGUAACAACUAUCUAUUUUAGACUGUGUUGGUAAAGAAUAAGUGAAAGGAUUCUAUUUAUUGUACCAGUUCAGACAAAGAAAGAAACUUCACGUGUUGUAGCAUUUUAUUUUUAUCAAAAUGAACAUAAAUUGGACUAUGUAAUACAAGAUAAUGGACUAGGAUAUAAGGAAUAUCCAGACUUAAGUUUAUCGUGACAAUGUCUGUGAAUGAACUUAUUUCAAAUUCUGUACUCUAUUGUGUAUGUGAUUUAAAAAGUUAUUUUAACAUGAUUGUAAGAAAUGUAUAUUAUAUUCAUUUUUUGAAAACAUAUUUUCAUGUGAUCAAAAGGCUUGUCCAGAAACAUAUUGAAAUUCAAUUACAAAGAAGCUUUAAAAAUGUUCAUUGUUCUAUUCACUUCAUUAUUUUUUGAUAUGUUUCAAAAUGGUCAUCAUAUAUACCGAUGAAUUUGUGUUAAUUUUUCAUAAGCCCCGUCCUAGACGGGACGUAUUAUGGUAUCACGCUCUGUGUCUGUCCGUCUGUUAACUUUUCCUUGUAAACACGAUAACUUCCGUUUGACUUAACCUGGGGUCAUAUAAUUUGGUGUGUAUGAUACUAGCAUAGAUCCUAGCAAUUCUAUUGAUUUUGAGGUCAGAAGGUCAAAGUUGAAGUCGCCACCUUCCACUUUUCUUGCUUGACCAAUAACUCCAUUUUCCGCAUUACAGGCGGGCGUAUUAUGUGCUUGCCUCAGCGACACUCUUGUUCCCUAUAUUAGAGCUUUUUUCUUCAGGAUCCCUUAUUUUUCUUAAUUUGUCUAAAUAUAUCACUAGAAUCUUUUUCCUUUCAGAUAUUUGAAAAAAGAAAAAAACAUUAUCCCCAUCAUGACCCAUCUUACUAAGAGUUGUGAUUGAUCCAAUUUAUUCUGAAUUAUGGGUUAGCCAGAGACACAUCAUCUGGAAUGCACACAUUUCCUUAAAGUGUUCUAUGAAUAUGGCAAGCGCAGUUGUGCAAGAGUCAUAUUUGUUUAACCAAUCACUGUGACAGUGUACACACAUCUUUGAUGAAGAAUUAAGAUAUAGAUAGCCUUCCAUAUUUAAAAUUGAUUGGAUCAAUCACAAAUCUUUAUGAGAUGCGGUCCAGGAAUAUGUACAAAGUCUGUGUGAGUAGCCUUUCAACGUGACCUUGUCGUAAAUGGAUUAAAGCAGGGCUUUUAUUAACCUGCUUUGCAAUCUAAUGUAUUCUUUUUUAAACCUGUUUUGCUAAAUCUAUUUCUUUCUUGCCAAAGCAUUAAACAGUUAUGAAGUAGAGUCUUUGAAUAUUGUGAAUACUCUGUACAUGUACUUGUUUUGUGAGGUAUAAAUAAAUGGCUGUGCAAGAGA